AAACUUCUUGUGUGGUAGCGGUUUUUUGGUUUUAUUUUAAUUUUUUUUGCUGGCCAUCUUAGCUUGAAAUCGAAAUUGAAAAUUUACAUAAAUUAUGGGUCAACUUAAUCAAAUGGCAAAAAUUCCAAAACUAGCUGACGGCUGCAUGGACAACCACAACUCAACUCAUCUCAUCUCGAAAAAAAAAAGAUCAGAAUCAAUUCAAUAAUCUAAAACAACAACAACAAUAACAAUGCUAAUAAUAGUAAUGCUAUCUGGUGACACUAACAAAAAACCAAAGGCGUAAAAUUGUCUUUCAGCCAAAUCACCUUAAGAAAUCGAAAAAAUAGUAGAGUAGGCUUCAAAUUCAUUUACGAACAUAUUUACCUUUUGUUAUUCAUUUGGGAUAAUUUGCAUAUUUUUUUUUUAACUUUUUUGUUGUUUAUCAAUUUGUUGGACGAUGGGGACAAGUUUUGAGAGCUACAUUGAAAAUAAUUUAUUUUUUGAUAUUUUCGUAUAAAAGUUGAAUGAUCUUCGGGAAUUAGUAUGCAGUGAAGUGUAACAGUUCAAGAGACAAAGAAGUCUCCAAGACAAAAAAGUAAAAAAGACAAGAACUACAAAUUUAGAAAAAAAAUCGAAACGAAACGAAAAAAGUGCAAAAAAAUCGAAUUAACGAAAACCGAACGAAAUCCUUUGAAAAUGCGUGCCUUGAUUGUGUUCUCAGCAUUGUUGGCAGUUUCCUGUGCUGCCCCUCAAUAUGGUUAUCUGCAACCCAACCCCCAUGGAUUACCUCCCACCGUUGCCAGCCAUCGUGGUGGUGAUAAAUAUUUGCCACCUCCCGGCAAACCCCUGGAUCCAAUUGUACGCAAGCAAUUCUAUGUGAUCUCAGCUCCCGAGGAUAGCGACAGCCAACCCAAACAGAAACAUUUGGUAUUGGGUCGCCCACAAAAGAACUAUCGUGUUGUCUUCAUCAAGGCUCCCAACCCUGGUGCUGGUAACGUUAAAUACUCUGCCGAAUUUGCGCCACAGGAAGAGAAGACUGUCAUCUAUGUUCUCAACAAGAAAGAAAAUGAAUUGGAUGCCAGUGAUAUUGCCACUCCAGCACCAACUGUGCCCAGCAAACCCGAAGUCUUCUUCAUCAAAUACAAGACCGAUGAGGAGGCUAAACAGGCUCAAAAGGAAAUUCAAGAUGAAUACGACAAAUUGGGUGGCACCAACGAACUUGCCGAAGAAACCACUGCCCCCAUCACCUCAGUCAUUGGCUCUUUGGACAGCCUUAAUCCUGAUGGCAGCUACAAUUACCGUCAAACCAACGACAAUGCCGGUUUGGUUGAAAAACCCACCAGCCAAUACUUGCCCUCGUUGUUGAAACAUUAAAUAUUGUUUUUGU